AAAUAAAAUAUAAAUAACAUUAAAAAUAUUUCCAUUUGUGUAUUAAACACAUGACAAGUUUUACAAAAUCAAAAGAGAUGGGCAAAGAAAAUGAUUCUGAUAAUACAAAAAAGAGGAGGAAAUCAAUUAGUGGAAAUUCUGGUAUAUCUCUGAAAGAUGGAGACAUAUAUAAGGUUAUAAUUAGUUAUGAGGAAAAGGAAGCUAUGGAGCGUUUACCAGAAAAUGAUUCUGAAAGUUUUUUAUCUACCUGUGACAGUAUAAGAAAAGCUAUGAAUAAAAUUGCAAAGCUAAAAACUAAUGGGGAUGCAAAUGCUAAAGAUGAAAUACGUGAACUUCAAAUUCAAACAUCUUUAGCAUUUAUUGAAUUAAAAAAAUUAAACAGAAUGGAAAAGUUCCGUACAAAAUUUGCAAGAGAUUCUCUUAUAUCCUCAAAAAGCAGUGUUGAUAGUAGGCAUUUACAUUUACAAAAUCUGUUGUACGAAGUAAUGCACUUAAAGAAAGAAGUUGUUAAAUGCCUUCAGUUCAAGUCGAAAGAUGAAUUAAUACAACUUGUAUCAGAAGAGGAAUUUUAUAAAGAAGCACCUGAAAAUAUUUCUAGGCCGGAAAUAACAAAGCAUAAUCAUCAUCAGUUAAGACUAGCACGUUUAGAGUGGGAAUUAACACAAAGGAAACAAUUAGCUGCUUUAUGUGAUGAAUUGACAGAGAACAAAAAAGCAGUGGCAUCAAGUAUUGAAUUAAAACAAACUCGACUUGAUAAUCUUGCACCACAACUUCGCUCAAUAUUAGAAGCAAGUAAGCCAUUACAAGAGAGUCUUGGUUUACUAUUGGAUAAAAUUAGACAAGAACAUCACAAGGCAACAUUACUUGCAUCACCAUUAUAUGUUCUUUAUGCAAAGGCAUCUGCAUACAGGGACGCAUAUGAUAAUUCUAUAGUAGUAAAAGUAGAAGGUGAUGAAGAAGAAGCAAAACGUGCAAAUAAUCAAGAUGGACUGCAAGAAUCAGAUUCAGAUGCAGAAAAUGUUUCAGAAAAUAUUAUAGAAGAAACACCUGUUCACAAAAAGAGACAUCAUAGAUUAUCUAGAGAAGCAAGACAAGAAGAGAAAAGAACUAAGCUAUUACAAAGACAUCCUUUAAAUGUGAAAAUAAUUAUUAAAUUAAAAAAUGAAACAAAAUUAACAUUGCAGUUUUAUUAUAUGAUGUUUCUAAAAGUUGUAACUGUAGAAUCAAAACUAAAAACUGAUGGAGUUGCAGGCAUUAGUACAGGAGAUAUGCUUGUAUCGGAAUCGAUUUUGCGUGAGUUGUAUCCACGAGAUUUAGGAUUAGAAAGUCCAAAUCCUGCUAAUUAUUAUCAGUUAAAUCGACAUAAUUUGGGUCAAUUUUCAUCACUCGGAUUAGGGAUCCCAUAUAAAUGGGCACAAAGAAUGGCUGGAUUACAUUUCAUUUCACCCGAUACUCGAGAACAAAAGCUUGCAGGUUGUGAAGUAACACAAGAUAGCGUUGAAAGUGUAUUGAGAGAAAUUAAAAGACGUGUAAUAGCAAGAUUAGAAUUAUGCACAGAGAUUCGACAAUUAGAAUGUGGAAAUUUACCAGUUUUUAUUACUAAUAAUGACCUUUUACCACAAAAACUUAGUACAAUUUUACAAAAGUUUUCAACAAUUUCAUGGAAUAAUUAUUGUAAUAACGUAAAUCCUGUUUUUCAAGAACAAAAAUUAGUAUCUUCAUUGGAUAUCUUUUAUGAAGCUAUACUUCGUCGUGGAAAUAAUGAAUUAGUUGCAAGAAUAGCAAUAAAACCAGAUUAUCCAAAAAUAGCACCAGUAUUUAAUAUAAGUAUACAUCCUACGGUACCUGCAUCUGUGGAUAUUUUAAGGGAUAUUGAAAGAGAAGUGAAUGUUAUGUGGACAAAACCACCAACAUUAUCUGCACAACUUCAACGAUUGCGAGCAUGUUUUGAUAUUUAUUUAGAAUCAGAAAGUAUUGCACCUAAAGAAAAAAUUUUCUUUCACCCUGUAAAAGGUCGUACUCGUGCCAGACCAUACAAAUAUUUAGAAUUAGGGGGUGGAAUUUUUAUUCAUCGUUAA